CCCCUGCUCUCCCGCCUCCCCCUUCUCCUGCUCCCUGCUCGUCGGCCUCCAAGAUAGAUUCCCUCAGGAGUAAGGUUGACCUGCUCAAGCUUCCCCUGGCCCUCUCCACCAAGUCCAUCUCCGAGCGCAAGAGCCAGCUGGGAGGAGUCGGCGAGCAACGCAGCACGGCGGGAGGAGGAGGAGGCGGGGCUCGUAAAGCCCGCUCACCGCCGACCCGAGACAUGGACAACGAGUCGCAGUACUCUGGCUACUCAUACAAGUCUUCCCACUCCAGAAGCUCCCGCAAACACAGAGAUCGGAGGGAUCGUCACCGUUCGAAAAGCAGAGAUGGCAGCAGCCGUGGAGACAAAUCAGUCACAAUUCAGACUCCUGGAGAGCCGCUGCUGGAUGCAGAGUCGACCCGAGGAGAGGAACGGGAUGAUAACUGGGGCGAGACCACCACGGUCGUCACCGGCACGUCGGAACACAGUAUCUCUAACGAGGACCUGACCCGCGUCACCAAAGACUUGGAAGAGUCGACUCCACUCGAGUGCAAACGCUUCGUGGGUCCGGCUCUGGGAGGCUGCCUGAGCUUCUUCGCCCUGGUCACACCUCUGGCCUUCCUCAUCCUCCCACAGGUGCUGUGGCGGGACGCCCUCGAGCCCUGCGGGACGCCGUGCGAAGGCCUCUACGUCUCUCUGGCCUUCAAGCUCCUGGUGUUACUCAUCUCCUCCUGGGCGCUGUUCCUCCGCCCGCCUCGUGCCACGCUGCCCCGCUUCUUCGUGUUCCGCUGCCUGCUGAUGGUGCUGGUGUUUCUGUUCGUGGCGUCGUACUGGUUGUUCUAUGGCGUGCGCGUGCUGGAGCCGCGGGAGAGGGACUACAGGGGGAUUGUGGAGUACGCUGCCUCUCUGGUGGACGCUCUGCUCUUCAUUCAGUACCUGGCGCUGGUGCUGCUGGAGGUGCGACACCUGCAGCCCGCCUUCUGUCUCAAAGUGGUCAGGAGCACGGACGGGGCCAGCAGGUUUUACAACGUGGGACACCUCAGUGUCCAGCGGGCAGCUGUCUGGGUGUUGGACCGUUAUUACAACGACUUCCCCGUCUACAACCCGGCUCUGCUCAACCUGCCCAAAUCCAUCCUGUCCAAGAAGAUGACGGGCUUCAAGGUUUACUCUCUGGACGAAAGCACCACCAAUAACUCCUCAGGACAGUCCCGGGCGAUGAUCGCAGCCGCUGCCCGGAGGAGAGACAACUCCCACAACGAGUUUUACUACGAGGAAGCUGAGAUGGACCGCAGAGUCAGAAAACGUAAAGCCAGGUUGGUUGUGGCGGUGGAAGAGGCCUUCACGCACAUCAAGCGUCUGCACGAAGAGGAGGUCGCCUCGUCCCCCAAACACCCCAGAGAGGUGAUGGAUCCCAGGGAGGCGGCUCAGGCCAUCUUCGCCCCGAUGGCGCGCGCCAUGCAGAAAUACCUGAGGACCACCCGGCAGCAGGCCUUCCACAGCAUGGAGAGCAUCCUCACACACCUGCAGUUCUGCAUCACACACAACAUGACGCCCAAGGCUUUCCUGGAGCGCUACCUCUCCCCCGGACCGACCAUGCAGUACCAGCAGCAGAACGACAGAGGGCGCCAGUGGACUCUAGUGAGCGAGGAGCCGGUGACCUCGGCCCUGCGUCAGGGUCUCGUCUUCUCCAUGCGACGCCUCGACUUCUCCCUGGUUGUCACGGUGACACCGCUUCCUUUCCUGCGGCUCGGGGAGGAGUUCAUCGACCCCAAGAGCCACAAGUUCGUCAUGAGGCUGCAGUCGGAGACAUCGGUGUGAAAAAAAAAACGUGGUGGCUCCUCUUUUUUUUUUUUUUUUUUUGAAUUUUCUCACGCAUGAGGCAGGACAUGUGGAGGCUAGACGAUCCUCUAAAGUCGAAUCAUUUUUACCAUGUCUCUGACACAAAACCCAUACAAGGAGAGGAGUGUGUGAGUCCUCCUCUACAGACGCUCUGAUAUCAAACUGUGAUCAGCUCUACGAUUGUCCAAACCUGGAAUCAAACGGAGGCCUUGACUUUUUUCCUCUUCGUGUUUUUACAUCUUUAUGACACAAUGUAAAAAAAAAAAAGAAAAAAAAAAAAAAAAAAUUCUAAAGGGGACUUUUUCUCUUUAAGCCUUUUUUUUUCUUUUUGCUGUAACCACUGGACUACUUUACUGUGCUGACUCAACACACACACACACACAAACACACACACUCACACACACACACCAGAGGAGGGGGGGGUGACAUCACACGUGUCACUUCCUCUUCCUCGUGUCUUAAAAAACAGACCUGAUCAGACUGCAACACUAAUGUACCACUGCCUCUCCGGUCCCUGUCAGUGUGACGUUUUUUUGACAGGUUGAGGACUUUUUCUAUUAAAGGGUGUGACUGUUUUUCUACUUACAGAAUGUAGCAUUAUGUGCGUUGCAUUAACACGAGGCUUUUCUGCGGCCUGAAGGCCAAAAACACCUUUUUUUUUUAUCUCACUGUAAAGAAACAUGGAAGAACAUUCCUGAGUUGUUGUUACUCCAGUCUUUUUUCUUUCUUUCAUGAUUGUCAACAUAUGCAGAUUUUGUUUUAUCCUACACUGGCUCUUUUACCGAUCAUUUUACAGUUUUAGCAAGACGACAAAACAAAGACCUCUUUUACAUCUGGUGUUAACAUAAAUGUGUAACUUAAGUUAUUCUGAAAUCUUCUUAAAGGGCGACACACACAACAUGAAAAGACCAGAAAACCAACCGUCUCUUGGCCAGCUCUUGAUGCUUUCUUUCCUUUUGAAGUUGUGAUCAGUAUUUAUACUAUUAUUCUAAGGUGUAAAUAAUGCAUCUACCUGGCAUGAUUUUAAGAAGCAAACUCAGAUCUAUUCAUGGCUUAUUUCUGGCCUUUCUUAAGAGGUUUUGAGAAUAAGAAAACUUAGAAUCUUAGAAUGUGCUAAGAUGUAAAUGCACACGGGAAAGAUCUACUUUGGGGUUGGCUAGAUUGUCUCUGGAGGUGGUCUUGACUGAUUUGCGUUUGGAUUUUUCAAAAGAAAAAAGAUAUCUUAAGAGUAAAUGUGUCCCUAACACAACCACUUCCUGUCAUUGUGAGCUGUCCAGCGGUCAAACUUGUGUUUGUUUCAAAACUCAGGUCUUAUCUAUAUCUAUAAUAUCUGGGAGGAGAUAUUUGGUUCUCAUGUUUUUGUGGUGACCAUGUGGCCUUAUUUAGGUGAAAAUAGACUAAGAGAUGAGGGUUAACCCUCCCCAACCCAUGCAACCUUUGGAAGUGUAAAACAGUGCUCAACUCUCUCCACUAAUGCAUCUUUGCUUUUGAUUAGUUGAAACGUACAAAUGUUACAUUUUAAUAAUAUAAGAUUGAUCAGAUUUUUUAAGGAUGAAACGAUGUCCCGGGCGUCCGUUGUGUUUUCAUAGUUCUCAAACUCUCAGCAGGGAUCGACCUUUAAUGUCUGAGAUAAAGAUGUUUUUUAGAAAAUUCUCAUGCCCAAAAGAUUACUUUUUUUUUUUUUAAAUGUA